AUGACGAGCCGUCUGCUCCACCAACCCGCCGUUGAUUUCGCGAAGACCGCCCUCGUCGGCCAAUCCAAAUGGAUCCGGCUGGAAACUUUGACCUACUCAGACCAGACGGGCCGGGAGCGGAAAUGGGACAGAGUGGUGAGAACCACGAAACCCAGCCCGACUUCUGCAGCUGGAGGAGAGGACAAUGUUGCAGCAGCAGCAAGAAAAAAUGAUUCAUCCAGCAUCGAUGCCGUGGCGAUUUUUGCAACUUUACGGAAUUACCAGACUGGCACAACUUCUUCACCGACAGAAAUACUAAAUCCAGAAAACAAGGAGAAAAUCCUUCUAGUGAAGCAGUUUCGGCCCGCAGUGAACGCUUUUACCUUGGAACUCCCGGCGGGCUUGGUGGACCAUCAUAGAAAUGAAACGGUGACAGAAGCCGCGUUGCGGGAACUAAAGGAAGAGACGGGGUACGUUGGGAAGGUGAUUACGAAUACAAGUUCUGGCAGUACGGCUGUCCCGGAGCAGGAUGUGCCACAAGUAGCAGCAGCUAGUGGUCCACCAAGCACAGCCGGGUCGUGGGAACAAGACGAGGGAACUGAAUCAACGUCAAGAACAACUCCGCCGAUUUUAUUGAAAAAGCUUCCUCUCUCUCCGGGCAUCACGGACGAGUAUCCUGUGUAAAAACGUUCCCUCCACACCAAAGUUGUCAUGCAAAUGCGCAAUAACAGGAAUCGAUUUGUAAUGCGCAUCUCCUUGAGAGGCAUUUCCAGUCGUGUUUUGGAAUUUGUAAUGCUGCAAACAGCAUGAGUAAAUGGCUUUCUCAUGCGGCUUUCCUUGCUACCCACCACUACACUGCAGAUGGAAACUUGGGAUGCAGAACUCCCAAAACUUGGAGAUUUAUGUUGCAGAGUUCCCAUCUUGACUAUGGUGUGGGGACGUUUUUACGUAGGAUAGCGAGGUAAUUGACUUCAUCGAGGUCGACGUGGACUGCUCGCUACCGGAGUAUGAAUUUGCAAAAGCAUCGCACACGCACUAGUACUAAUCGCAUUACAAAUUUGCUCAGCAUGACAGAUGGAAUUUCUCAUGCUGAUUUACCUUGAAAAAUAGAGAUUUGUCAUGCAUAAAUGCGAUUACUACGAGAACGAUACUUUUGCACAGGAUACGGAGAAUCAAAACGUGAAGCAGGAACUGGACGAGGGAGAAUUCUGCCAAGUUUUAUCCUGUGCAAGAGUAUCGUAUUCGUAGUGCAAUCAUGCAUUACAAAUAUUUUCGUUAAGUCAAAUCCGCAUUACAAAUUUUAUUUUUCAUGCUGAGAAUAAAAUUUGUAAUGCAUUUACACGAGUACGAUACUUUUGCAGUGCAUAAGCUUUUGUCGUGGACAAGUGGAACCUCAUGGCGGAACUGAACCGCCUCGUGGAGGAAUUUCGGAAGCAGAAGGAGGAAGUUCUGAUCUUCUGCUCUUUGUGGACACUAGCUCUGGGGAUGGGAAUGCGAUAGAUCGUAGAAGAAGACCACACAGCGAUAAAUGUUGAACCAAAAGAACGCCAGAAGUAGUCAAUGUCGUGACUUGAAAAAAAUGAUGAGUAUCGUAAACGUGUAAGAAAAAUAGCAGCGCAGUUAUUUUCGUGUGCCGCGAAACAGGACGACGAUGAUCUCUAGGAAGCCGUGCAGGUACGACCUUAGUCGUGCUGCUGGCGAGUAGUUGUACCUCGAGCACAUUAGCGCUUGCCAAGAAGAAGCGCAAAGCGCUUGCCUUUGAUGAGCAAAGGGCAUAGAUCCACCAGCUGCACGAAGAUCUAGCUGUACGCUUAAGUUACUGUCUGUAACUGAAGACUCUUUUCGCAUGAAGAAGAUCUUCCGCUUG